UCCCAAGCGCCCUCUCGCUCACCUCCUCCUCCUCGUCUCGUUUACCUCACCCGUCCUUCUCACCGCCUCGUUGAUCUUUGGCCCCCAUCUUUGAACGAGUAGCCGCAGCAUUCAUCCCUCCCUCCUGGGCUCCUCCCUUCCCUCACCGAUCGAUCCCGCCCCUAUAAAUCCCGCCACCGCAGCGCAGCCGCCGCAGCGGACCGCACGCACGCACCCACACAGCUCGCUGCUCCCGCGUUCUCUUCUCCCGUCGGCCGGGGUGGAGGCAAGAGGAGAGGAGGCGAUUGGGGAUUGAUUGUUCGGGAGCCCGGCGAUGGUGAAGCUGUACGUGCAGGCGUUCCCGCCGACGGAUCUGAACAAGAACACGGAGUGGUUCAUGUACCCGGGCGUGUGGACGACCUACAUCCUCAUCCUCUUCUUCUCCUGGCUCCUCGUCCUCUCCGUCUUCGGAUGCACCCCCGGCACGGCGUGGACCGUCGUCAACCUCUUCCACUUCGCGAUGACAUACCACUUUUUUCAUUGGAAGAAAGGAACACCCUUUGCUGAUGACCAGGGAAUGUACAAUACAUUGACAUGGUGGGAACAAAUGGACAAUGGCAAACAGCUUACUCGUAACAGGAAAUUCCUCAUCGUCGUUCCUGUAGUCCUAUAUCUGAUAGCUUUGCACACCACCGACUACCGACAACCUAUGCUUUUCCUCAAUACCGUUGCAGUUGGCGUGCUUGUGGUCGCCAAACUACCGAAUAUGCACAAGGUCCGGAUUUUUGGAAUAAAUGCGGGGAGCUAAGCAGCGUCAUCCUUCAGCAGACAUCUACCUAUAUGCUUUUCAGAACGGUCUGUAUGUUCCUCACUUAGUGGCUAGUUAGACUCAGCACUCAGCAGAGUACUAGUGAGUAGAAGUUGUUAGCAGAUGGGCCUUGGUUGUUGUAUAGAGAGAUGCUCAAGAGGCUGUAAAUUGUUGCUGCUGUACAUCUAAUGUGCACGAAUUCUGUAGACUCUUAAUGUUGAUCUAUACUUUGUUGCAAGCAUCUGUCAGUUGCUGCA